AUGUUCAAUUUGAGUACUGGUCAAUUAACAGCGCUAAUUGGGCUUAUCAAUACUUUGCUACUCAUUGUUAUUGGUGUGAUAGAAGCUAUAGUGAUAUUAAGGAACAUUAGUGAUGAAAUGACAGCCUUAGAGUGGACUUUUAAUUAUGGAGCAGAUGGUCAACUGGCAUUAACAGGAAUUACAUUGUGGGGUAUCGGACCAUAUAAGCAUAACAUCAUUUACUUACUUGUUAAAGUAUGUCCGGUAGUGUUGUAUGGAGCAUCAGCUAUUGCACCACUUGAUCAUGAUAAUGGUGGACUCUUAAUGAAUCAGGCAAUUCAACCUAGAGAUAAAGUCAGCAAGAAAUCCAGCUGG